CUCUCUCACAUAGCAAACACAAAAGAGAGAGAGAGCAUGGAUUUUUCGACUUCUCCUCUUCAACAGAUUCCUUUGUUAUUGUUAUUCCUCCUUCCAUUGCUUGUGUUUUUCAGAUUCUUUCUAUCAAAGCGUCGUAAGCUUCCAUUCCCACCUGGCCCACCUCCACUCCCCAUCAUCGGCAACAUGCUGAUGAUGGACCAGCUAACGCACCGUGGCCUAGCAAAGCUGGCUCAACGCUACGGUGGCCUAUUCUAUCUCCGGCUAGGAUUUCUCCACACCGUCACCGUAUCAACGCCUGAGAUGGCCCGUCAAGUCCUUCAAGUCCAAGACAACCUCUUUUCAAAUCGCCCCGCCACGAUCGCCGUCAAAUACCUAACCUACGACCGUGCCGACAUGGCCUUCGCUCACUACGGCCCGUUCUGGCGCCAGAUGCGUAAGCUCUGUGUUAUGAAGCUCUUCAGCCGCAAGCGAGCUGAGUCAUGGGCAUCAGUCCGUGAUGAAGUCGAAUCGACCCUACGAUCCAUAACCGAUAAGGCUGGAUCAGCCGUCGAUAUUGGCGAGCAAGUGUUCUCUCUCACCCGUAAUAUAAUAUAUCGGGCCGCUUUCGGGUCCACCUCUCAUGAAGGCCAAGAUAAGUUCGUGAGCAUCUUGCAAGAAUUCUCAAAGCUCAUGGGUGCUUUCAAUAUAGCUGAUUUCAUCCCUUUGCUCAGCUGUAUUGACCCACAAGGCCUUAACAAGAGAAUGAUAAAUGCUCGGCAGACGCUUGAUAGCUUCAUCGAUAGAAUCAUCGAUGAUCACAUGGAGAAGCGGAAGGUGGGCUGUAAGGAUGAUGAUGAAGAUACUGAUAUGGUUGAUGAUCUGCUAGCCUACCUCACCGAAGCUGGUGAUGAUAAAGCCUCAGCAGACGAUCUUCAGGCUACCUUGAAACUCAGUAGAGAUAACAUCAAGGCCAUUAUCAUGGAUGUGAUGUUCGGAGGCACCGAAACCGUCGCUUCGGCGAUUGAGUGGGCCAUGGCAGAGAUGAUGAAGCGCCCAGAUGAGAUGAAAAAGGUGCAACAGGAGCUGGUUGAAGUAGUGGGCUUGGACAGGACGGUGCACGAGAGCGACCUAGAGAAGCUACCAUAUCUAAAAUGCGCCAUGAAGGAGACACUACGCCUCCACCCACCUAUCCCUCUCCUCCUCCACGAGACUGCCGAGGACAGCGAGAUUGCUGGAUACUUCAUCCCUGCCAGAACACGUGUGACCGUUAAUGCAUGGGCCAUCGGGCGGGACAAGACGGCGUGGGAGGACGCCGACGUGUUCAAGCCGUCGAGGUUCGCCAAAGAAGGCGCCGUCGAUUUCAAAGGCAAUUACUUUGAGCUUAUACCGUUCGGAUCCGGCCGUCGAUCUUGCCCUGGAAUGCAGCUGGGCCUCUACGCAUUGGAGCUGGCCGUCGCCCAGCUAAUCCAUUGCUUCAACUGGACAUUGCCCGACGGCAUGAAACCGUCCGAGCUUGACAUGAAUGAUGUCUUCGGACUCACCGCUCCAAAGGCGAUCCGCCUCGUCGCCAUUCCGACUCCCCGUCUCCAUUGCAAUCUCUUCUAAUUCAUCUCUCUCUCUCUCUCUCUCUCUCUCUCUAAUUCAGUCAUGCUGUCUGGUUUUUCUUGGAGGAUGAAGUACAUUUUCAUCUUUGAAAUUGAUUUUUCCACCCUAUAUACUGGUGCAAUUUGGUAUGAAUAAGUUUUCAUACAAAGUUGGAUUUGACUAUCAAUUUAAGGGCCGGAUUGCAAUUAGCAGGUUGGAAUUAUCAAUUUUAAGGGUGGAAAUAUCAUUUUUCUUGGUUGAAGAACGUAACAAUCUGGUUGUUGAUUUUGUUUUUAAAGACCUCUUGCUUUUCUAUGUUAUAUAUAUACAUAUAUGAAUUGUCUAUAUAAUUGCAAGUUGUGAAAUGAGAAAGCAUCGGAGGAAAAUAAAUGCGGUGCAUGGAACAUUCGUGUA